AUCUAUUCUACGAUUUUAUUUCUGUCGUUAUCUACAUAUGUUCUUCCCUGAAUGGGAGGAUAUAAUAAUAUUUUACUUUUGCGUGGUAUUACACAACUUUUGUGUAAUAUUACUGUAAAAAGAACUAAUAAAUAUUUUGUAAGACAAUUUAUUGCUAGAUCGUAUAUUUUUUUGCCAUAUACAACUUAUACGCAUAAACAUUUACAUAAUACUGUUAUUUUACAGGUAAACAGAUUUACUAUUACCUUUUAAAUAUCUCUAAAACUAGAUGAGAAAUAUAUUGUGAUCUAUUUUCAAAUAUCCCAUGUAAAUAGUAAAUAGUUUGCAUCGUAAUAACAAACAAACUAUUAUAAAUACAAAUUUUCAAAAAACCUAACUAUAUUUCUAGGCACGUAUUCUUCAAACAAGAAUCUGGCUUUAAAAAUAUAGCAGGUUCAGUUGAGUUAGAAAAGCUUUGAACGGUCACCCACUGGUCGAAGAAGGAGAGGCCCCUACGUAUCCCUUUCACUUUGCAAUGAAACAUGCCAAUUUGUAGAAUGUGUUCAGACUAGAAAAAGUGCAAACCUUCUUUUGUCCAUAUCGUCUAUUUUUCUCGAACUAUGACCAUCGUACCAGAUUUUCGGACAAUUACUAGAUUGAUUUUCUUGUUUUCUUUGCAUUCGUAGAUGUCAAAAUCAACUAAAGAAUCUGGUGUUAAUGAAAAUCAAUCAAAACCUGUUUGCUCGAAAUGCAAUUCAACUGAAAAUGUAAUAUCAAUAGUUUAUGGAUAUCCAGGUGAUGAACUUAUGAAAUCUGCUCGAGAAGGACAUGUAAAAUUAGGUGGAUGUUGUGUUAGUCCUGAUAGUAAACGUAACUGGUGUAAAAAAUGCUCAGAUUAUGUAUAA